AUGUUUUCCCUAUUUUACCAUUUUGGACAGAUUACAGUCUUUCAUAUUGGGUCAGACGAACACCAGGACGUUGAUGUUGCGAUACUUACAGCUUUGUUAAAAGGCACAAACGCAUCUGCAUUUGACCAGCUUGUUCUUACACUUGCAUGGGAUAGAGUUGACAUAGCCAAAAAUCAUGUUUUUGUUUAUGGGCAACAAUGGCUGGUUGGCUCUCUGGAACAGGCUAUGUUAGAUGCCCUUGUGAUGGACAGAGUUGCAUUUGUGAAACUUCUGAUUGAAAAUGGAGUAAGCAUGCACAAAUUUCUUACAAUUCCCAGGCUGGAAGAACUUUAUAACACAGGAAAUCUUCCUCCAGGAUAUAAAAUCAACCUGAUCGAUGUGGGACUGGUUAUUGAAUAUCUGAUGGGAGGAACCUAUAGAUGCACCUAUACAAGAAAACGCUUUAGAGCUAUAUACAAUAGUCUCAGCGGGAACAAUCGGCGAUCUGGGCGAAAUCCUUCAAAUACUACUCCUCAGAUGUGUAAAAGCCAUGAGUCUUUUGGUAACAGGGCAGACAAGAAGGAAAAAAUGCGCCAUAAUCACUUCAUCAAAACAGCGCAGCCGUACAAACCAAAGAUUGACACUGGUGCAGAAGAGGGAAAAAAGAAAAGAACCAAAGAUGAAAUAGUAGACAUAGAUGAUCCAGAAACGAGACGUUUUGCUUAUCCUCUCAACGAACUGUUACUUUGGGCAGUGUUAAUGAAGAGGCAGAAGAUGGCCCUCUUCUUCUGGCAGCAUGGGGAGGAGUCCAUGGCAAAAGCCUUAGUUGCUUGCAAAGUGUAUCGUUCGAUGGCGUAUGAAGCAAAACAAAGUGACCUUGUUGAUGAUACUUCAGAAGAACUGAAACAAUAUUCCAAUGAGUUUGGUCAACUGGCAGUUGAACUGUUAGAACAGUCCUUCCGACAAGAUGAAACUAUGGCAAUGAAAUUGCUCACCUAUGAGCUUAAAAAUUGGAGCAACUCAACUUGCCUGAAGCUAGCGGUAUCAUCAAGACUUCGUCCAUUUGUAGCACAUACUUGUACACAAAUGCUGUUAUCAGAUAUGUGGAUGGGAAGGCUGAACAUGAGGAAGAAUUCAUGGUACAAAGUGAUACUGAGUAUUUUACUCCCUCCUGCUAUACUACUGUUGGAAUAUAAGACCAAGGCUGAAAUGUCACAUAUUCCUCAAUCUCAAGAUGCACAUCAGAUGGCAAUGGAUGACAGUGAAAACAACUUCCAGAAUGCAGCAGAUGAAAUACCUAUGGAGGUAUUUAAAGAAGUAAGGAUCUUGGACAGUACUCUAGAAAAGCAUGAUAUGGACACUCCAGCAAAACCUAAAAGACUUCCAAUUACACAGAAAUUUUAUGCAUUUUAUCAUGCACCUAUUGUGAAGUUUUGGUUUAAUACGUUGGCUUACUUAGGAUUCCUCAUGCUGUACACAUUUGUGGUUCUUGUAAAAAUGGAAGAAUUACCAUCUGUUCAAGAAUGGAUUGUUAUUGCUUACAUUUUCACAUCAGCAAUUGAGAAGAUUCGUGAGAUUUUUAUGUCAGAGGCUGGGAAGAUUAAUCAGAAGAUUAAAGUGUGGUUCAGUGAUUACUUCAAUAUUAGUGACACAGUUGCCAUUGUCACUUUCUUCAUUGGGUUUGCAUUACGAUUUGGAGCAAAGGGGAAUUUUGGUGAAAACACUUACAGAGAAAAUUACGUCUUUGUUGCUGGAAGAAUAACGUACUGUCUCAAUAUAAUUUUUUGGUAUGUGCGAUUACUGGAUUUUCUAGCUGUAAAUCAACAGGCUGGCCCUUAUGUUAUGAUGAUUGGGAAGAUGGUGGCCAACAUGUUUUACAUUGUGGUGAUUAUGGCACUUGUACUACUUAGUUUUGGUGUGCCCAGGAAGGCAAUAUUGUAUCCUGAUGAGGCACCGUCUUGGACUCUUGCUAGAGAUAUUGUGUUUCAUCCAUACUGGAUGAUUUUUGGUGAAGUAUAUGCGUAUGAAAUUGAUGUAUGUGCAAAUGAUUCUGAUGAAAAAGUUACUCAUCUCUGUGGCCCAGGAACAUGGUUGACCCCAUUUCUUCAAGCUGUCUACCUCUUUGUACAGUACAUAAUUAUGGUUAAUCUCCUCAUUGCAUUUUUCAACAACGUGUAUUUGCAAGUCAAGGCAAUUUCAAACAUUGUGUGGAAGUAUCAACGCUAUCAUUUCAUUAUGGCCUACCAUGAAAAACCUGUUCUGCCUCCACCACUUAUUAUUCUUAGCCACAUGGCCUCCCUGUUCUGUUGUAUAUGUAAAAGAAGAAAGACAGACAAGACUUCAGAUGGGCCAAAACUCUUUCUGACAGAAGAAGACCAAAAGAAACUUCAUGAUUUUGAAGAGCUGUGCGUUGAGAUGUAUUUCAAUGAAAAGGAUGAUAAAUUUCAUUCUGGAAGUGAAGAGAGGAUUCGAGUCACAUUUGAACGGGUGGAACAAAUGUGCAUUCAGAUAAAGGAAGUUGGUGAUCGUGUCAACUACAUAAAACGGUCAUUACAGUCUUUAGAUUCACAGAUUGGCCACCUACAGGAUCUCUCUGCUCUGACUGUGGAUACGCUGAAAACACUGACUGCACAGAAAGCUUCAGAAGCUAGCAAGGUUCAUAAUGAAAUCACACGGGAAUUGAGCAUUUCAAAACAUCUGGCACAAAACCUCAUUGAGGAUGGCUCUCUAAGAUCAUCUGUGUGGAAAAAGCACAGCAUUGGAAACGUCUUCGGUUCUUUUCCACAAGGAGGACUUGAAAGUAAUAAUGCUUUGCUCUGUAACAUUUCUAUACGUGAUGAAAAAGAAGUCCAACAUAAGACAAUUGGUCAGGAGCUAGCUCCAGUUCCCCGAAGAGAAGAAAUAAACUUUCAAGAGGCAGGUUCCUCAGGCAGUGCCUUAUUUUCAAAUGCCGUUUCUCCUCCAGAACUUCGCCAACGAAUACAGGCUGCAGAGAUCUCAAAAUCCAUUAGUAAAAGUAAAAAAUUAGGCAAUUCAUCCAACAGCAUGCCACAUGUAACAUCCCCAACAGCUAAGUUUUUUGUUAGCACUCCAUCUCGGCCCAGUUGCAAAAGUCAGCUGGAUUCCUCAGCAAAGCGUGAAGAGACUGUUUUCUCUAAGGCUACAGAAGGAGAUAAUAAUGUAGAAUUUGGUGCGUUUGUGGGUCACAGAGACAGCAUGGAGUUACAGCGGUUUAAGGAGGCAGCAAGCAAAGUUAAAGAAAGAAGUGCCGAUAUUGAGGAGCAACAGGAAGACUUCAAAAAAGCUAUAUUGGAGGGCAUAGAAACAAACAGACUUCAAGAUCUUCAAACUGACCGUGGUCUAAGACAAUCUAGUUCUUGCAGUGGGUUUACUGACCCUCUGGCAGUCCAUUCAGAGCAAUUGUACAGCAAGAGUAGAAGAGCAUCAAGUGAAGAGACUCAGCAAGCAGACUCCAAAGCAGCCUUACUGACGGAUUGGUUGCAAGGUAGACCUGCAAAUAGCAGUCAAAUGCCAUCUGAAGAAGAUGCAUUGAAUGGCAUUGCUUCUCCUUUCAAGCCUAUCAUGGAUAUCAAUUACUAUUACUCAGCUGUAGAAAGAAAUAACUUGAUGAGAUUAUCACAGAGCAUUCCAUUCACUCCUGUGCCUCCCAGAGGUGAACCAGUCACUGUGUAUCGCCUCGAAGAAAGUUCUCCCAGCAUCUUGAACAACAGCAUGUCUUCCUGGUCGCAACUAGGACUCUGUGCUAAAAUUGAAUUUUUAAGUAAAGAGGAGAUGGGAGGAGGUUUACGUCGAGCCCUUAAAGUAGUAUGCACAUGGUCAGAAUAUGAUAUCCUGAAAUCAGGACAUCUUUAUAUCAUCAAGUCUUUUCUUCCUGAAGUUGUGAAUACUUGGUCAAGCAUUUAUAAGGAGGACACUGUGUUACACUUGUGCUUGAGAGAGAUCCAACAGCAGAGGGCAGCUCAGAAGCUCACCUUUGCUUUCAAUCAAAUGAAGCCCAAAUCCAUUCCAUACUCUCCAAGGUUCCUGGAAGUUUUCCUGUUAUAUUGCCACUCUGCUGGCCAGUGGUUUGCAGUUGAAGAGUGCAUGACUGGAGAGUUUAGAAAAUACAACAACAAUAAUGGUGAUGAAAUAAUUCCAACUAACAUGCUAGAGGAGGUUAUGCUAGCUUUCAGCCAUUGGACAUAUGAGUAUACAAGAGGAGAAUUGUUGGUACUAGAUCUGCAAGGUAGUGUCCUUAUUUUGAAACUGGGGCUGGGGCCGAGGUAGAUGUAUGUGGGUUCUUCU